AUGUCUUCACAAAGUAUGCCCUCGUUGGUUCACAACAACAAUCCUAAUGCUGUUACAGAGAUAGAAGUCUCUAUUGACUCAUUCAUUGCUAAAUUGAAAAGAAGACAAAUUAGUGGAUCAUAUAUCAUUGCAUUGGAGACUUUGCAACUAUUAAAACGGUUUAUCUCUGCGGUCCGUUGGAGUCACGUCAAUGAAUUGAUCGCUCAGAUUAGAGAGUUGGGGAACCGUCUGGAGAAGGCAAAUCCAACUGCUUUUGGUUGUGGGAAUGUCAUUAAGAGAAUUCUUGCUGUCUUAAGAGAUGAAAUUGAAGAAGAUAUGAAAGAAUCCCAAAACGCAGGAGCUUCAUCUUCUCCUUCAGCAAACAAUUUGAAUGAUAGAAAUAGCAGUGCUGUAGGGGAUGUAUCUCAAGCAGAACCUUUGAUUGCCUCUAUGUUUAAUCUUUUACAAAAACCAGAACAAAAUUCACAAGAUUUUUAUGAAUCAAAGUCGAAGACAAAGACGGAUUUCCGUCAAGUAGUGAUACAGGCCAUUAAGGACUUGAUAGAUGAAAUUAAAAAUAUAGAUGAUGGGAUUCAACAAAUUGCAAUCGAUUUGAUUCAUGAUCAUGAAAUUUUAUUGACACCAACGCCCGAAUCUAAAACCGUCUUGAAAUUUUUGAUUAGAGCUCGUGAACGUGCCAAUAGAACUUUCACCGUUCUAGUGACAGAAGGUUUCCCAAACAAUACACAAAAUGCUCAUGAUUUUGCUAAAAAAUUGGCCCAACAUGAUAUAGAGACCAUUAUUAUUCCAGAUUCUGCAGUGUUUGCGUUAAUGUCAAGAGUCGGUAAAGUCAUUAUUGGUACAAAGACUGUUUUUAUCAACGGUGGUUCCAUCGUAUCAUCCGCUGGGGUGUCAUCUGUAUGUGAAUGUGCCAGAGAGUUUAAGACCCCGGUAUUUGCUGUAGCUGGUCUUUAUAAAUUGUCUCCAUUGUAUCCUUUCAAUGUAGAGAAAUUUGUUGAAUUUGGUGGUUCACAACAUAUUUUACCAAGAAUGGAUCCUAGAAAUCGUUUGGAUACUAUCAAUAAGAUCACGGAUUAUGUCCCACCCGAAAAUAUAGAUAUAUAUAUCACGAAUAUUGGUGGGUUUGCUCCAAGUUUUAUUUAUAGAAUUGCUUGGGAUAAUUACAAACAAAUUGAUGUUCAUUUGGAUGGCAAACAAAAAUGA